UGGGCCUGUGCCCGCAAUGACCCCACCCAACUCCAAGCUGUGCUGGACAGCGGGGUCUCUCCAGAGGAGGCCACGCAGGUGGACAGCAAUGGGAGGACAGGCCUCAUGGUCGCCUGCUACCGUGGCUUCAGGGAUGUUGUGGCCCUGCUUAGCCGCUGUCCUUUCCUUGACGUGAACCAGCAGGACAACGGAGGGGACACGGCUCUCAUGCUGGCUGCGCAAGCAGGUCACGUGUGUCUGGUGAGCCUCCUGCUCAACUACUAUGCGGGCUUGGACCUGGAGCGCCGGGACCAGCGUGGGCUCACAGCACUGAUGAAGGCCGCCAUGCGAAACCGCUCUGAGUGCGUGGCCGGCCUUCUCAUGGCAGGUGCUGACUUGACGGCAGUGGAUCCUGUGCGGGGCAAGACAGCCCUGGAGUGGGCGCUGCUGACCGACAGUUUCGAUGUCGUGCUCAGGAUCCGGCAGCUGCUGCGGCGGCCCCGGGUGGAGCAGCUGAGCCAAUGCUUCCGGCCUGAGUGGCCAGCUUUGCCCGGACUGGUGGCCCAGGCCCAGGCCCAGGCUGCCCCAUCUUUCCUGGAGCGGCUACAAGCCACCCUGACCUUCUCCUUCCCCCAGGAUCCUCAGGAGGGGGGCGUCCUAGACCACUUGGUAACCGUCACCACCAGCCUGGCCAGUCCCUUCCUCACCACCGCCUGCCACCCUCUGUGUCCUGACAGCCCCCCUGCAGUGGGCACCCGAGGCAAGUCUGUGCCGGAGCUGCUCGGCACUGCCCCACCCCCUCCCCUGGCGCCCCAAGCCCCCACGCAGGUAGAUCCUGGCCUCCAGGUCUUUGUCCCCUACCAGGUCCCCCAGGGGAUAUUCCCUCAGUGGCUGCAGUGGAGGGGCAGUAGUAGCCCCAGGCCCCAAGUGCCCAAGAUCCGUCUCUCCAAGGUCUCCUCGUCCUUCUCCAGCUUUUUCCAGCUCCAAGCAAAGCCCAGCUCUGCCGGGCAACAAAGGCUGGCCCCGCCCCUCUGGCACUACCAGGAACUACGGAUGGAGAGGAAGAGGCAAGAGGAGGAAGCCAAGUAG